UCCGGAAGGCCAGGGGCAGGGCCAGGAGCUGGACAAACAGCUCAAAGGUGAGCCAGUGUGGGGAUCUGGACCAGGCCUGGUCAGCCGGACGGCGCACCAUGAGGCUGCUGAUCUUCCUGGGCCUGCUGUGGGGUUCGGCAGCCGCAGCCCUGGGCCCGCAGUGGCCCAAGCCCGUGUUCGGGCGCCUGGCGUCUCCCGGCUUCCCCGGGAAGUACGCCAACAACCAGGAGAAGCGCUGGACCCUGACUGCGCCCCCCGGCUACCGCCUGCGCCUCUACUUCACCCACUUCCAUCUGGAGCUCUCCUACCUCUGCGAGUACGACUUUGUGAAGCUGAGCUCGGGAAGCAAGGUGCUGGCCACGCUGUGCGGCUGGGAGAGCACGGACACGGAGCGGGCGCCGGGCAACGACACGUUCUACUCGCCGGGCUCCAGCCUGGACGUCACCUUCCGCUCCGACUACUCCAACGAGAAGCCGUUCACGGGCUUUGAGGCCUUCUACGCGGCAGAGGACAUCGACGAGUGCCAGGUGCCCCCAGGAGAGGCCCCCGCCUGCGACCACCACUGCCACAACCACCUGGGUGGCUUCUACUGCUCCUGCCGUGCGGGCUACGUGCUCCACCAGAACAAGCGCACCUGCUCAGCCCUGUGCUCAGGCCAGGUCUUCACCGACCGGUCUGGGGCAAUCAGCAGCCCUGAGUACCCACAGCCAUACCCCAAACUCUCCAGUUGCACCUACAGCAUCUGCCUGGAGGAGGGGUUCAGUGUCAUCUUGGACUUCGUGGAGUCCUUCGACGUGGAGAUGCACCCCGAAACGCAGUGCCCCUACGACUCCCUCAAGAUUCACACAGACAAAGAAGAGUAUGGCCCAUUUUGUGGAAAGAUGUUGCCUCACAGGAUUGAAACCAAGAGCAACACCGUGACCAUCACCUUUGUCACUGAUCAGUCAGGGGACCACACAGGCUGGAAGAUCCGCUACACCAGCACAGCUCAGCCUUGCCCUGAUCCGACGGCACCACCUAAUGGCCACAUCACACCUGUGCAAGCCAAAUACAUCCUGAGAGACAGCUUCUCCGUCGUCUGUGAGACUGGCUAUGAGCUUCUCCAAGGUUAUCUGCCCCUGAAAUCAUUUGCGGCAGUCUGUCAGAAAGACGGAUCUUGGGACCAACCGAUGCCACAGUGCAGCAUUGUUGACUGUGGCCCUCCUGAUUAUCUCCCCAAUGGCCAAGUGGAGUAUCUCACAGGUCCUGAAAUGACCACAUACAAAGCUGAGAUUCAAUACCACUGCAAUGGAACCUUCUACACAAUGACAACAAGUGAUGGUAAAUAUGUGUGUGAGGCUGAUGGAUUCUGGACGAGCUCCAAAGGAGAAAAAUCACUCCCCGUCUGUGAGCCUGUCUGUGGAAUAUCAACCCGUACUACAGAAGGUCGUAUAUAUGGAGGGCAAAAUGCAAAGCUUGGUGAUUUUCCUUGGCAAGUCCUGUUAUUAGGUGAAGCCACAGCAGCAGGUGCACUUUUAUAUGACAACUGGAUCCUAACAGCUGCUCACGCUGUAUAUGGGCAAAGAGAAGAUGCCUCCUCCCUAGACAUUAGAAUGGGUACCCUGAAGAGACUGUCACCUCAUUAUACACAAGCCUGGGCUGAGAGAAUUUUUACACAUGAAGGUUACACUCAUGAUGCUGGUUUUGAUAACGACAUAGCACUGAUUAAAUUGAAGAACAAAGUUGUAAUCAAUAGCAAUGUGAUGCCUAUUUGUUUGCCAAGAAAAGAAGCUGAAUCCUUUAUGAGGACAAAUGACAUUGGAACCGCAUCUGGAUGGGGAUUAACCCAAAGACGUUUUCUUGCCAGAACUCUCAAGUUUGUUGACAUACCAAUUGCUGACCAUCAAAAAUGUACUGCUGCAUACGAAAAGAAGAUCUAUCCAGGGGGAAGGGUAACUGACAACAUGUUUUGUGCUGGCUUAGAAAGUGGGGGCAAGGACAGCUGUAAAGGUGACAGUGGAGGGGCAUUAGUGUUUCUAGAUAAUGCGACACAGAAGUGGUUUGUGGGAGGAAUAGUGUCCUGGGGUUCCAUUAAUUGUGGGGAAGCAGAUCAGUAUGGGGUCUACACAAAGGUCAUUAACUAUAUUCCCUGGAUCAAGAACAUAAUUAAUAAUUUUUAAUUUUAUGUUUUCAAUCAGUAAAUAUUUCCUUAUUUUUAAAAAUUACUUGUAAAAGAUCUUAGCAGCACAAUGUGACCUGAGAAACAUUAACAUGGCAGUUGUUGCUACACCAAAAAACCAACACCAAACUACAGGUGGGAUGCCAUUACAGGCGGUUCUCAGCUUGCCAGUUUUUCACCCCUUACUUAGAUUUGAGGGGACAUAAAACAUUAGAGUAAUAUUCAUCUUUGCCAAUCCAGUAGAAACUCACUGGUUAAAUUUGCAUUUAAUUACAAAGUCCAGUAUCCUUUUUUUGUACUGGCCGUUUGCAUUUCUAUAAAUUGCCUGUUCAUGUUCUUUAUUCUACUGUUUUUGGAUUUGCUCUUAUUGGUCUCUAAAAGAGCUUUAAUACAGCAGUAUUGGUUCAGGAA